CCAGCCAUAGUCCUUCCUGUUGAGCUGCGUCCUGAAUAACAGGGAGUGAGGAGGAUGGACAUGACGAGGAAUGAUUCCGGGAAGACAAUGAUGGAGACGUCUAAAUCCUCCACCAUGCAAGUCAGCUUUGUGUGUCAGAGAUGUUGUCAGCCGCUGAAAUUGGACACGUCCUUUAAAAUCCUGGAUAAGGUCACCAUGCAGGAGCUGACAGCUCCAUUGGUGACUACUGCAGCUGUGAAACCAGGAGAAAGCCAAGAGGAGGACCCGAGUACCGAGGAAACGUUUCUAGAGAACAGACAGGAUGGAGUGUCUAGAAGACUCAUUCCACCCGCGAGGAUGAUGUCCACAGAAAGUGCAAACAGCUUCACCCUAAUUGGAGAAGCAUCUGAUGGAGGAACAAUGGAGAACCUGAGCAGAAGACUCAAGGUGACCGGAGAUCUGUUUGAUAUUAUGUCGGGACAGACGGAUGUCGAUCACCCGCUGUGCGAGGAUUGCACCGACACUCUUCUGGAUCAGCUCGAUACGCAGCUGAACAUAACGGAAAACGAAUGUCAGAACUACAAGUAA